AUGGCAGAGAAGAUCUCCACACUAAUCCUCAAGGUUGAUCUUGGGUGCUGCCCGUGUUACAAAAAGAUCCGCAAGAUCCUUUGCAAACUCCAAGAUGAGGAGAGGAUCAGGACCAUCUCGUACGACGAUGGGAACCAUACGAUCGCGGUGGCCGGGCCGUUCGACCCGCACAAGCUCUCCUGCAAGAUCAGGUGCAAGGGACGGAAGGUGAUCAAGGGCAUCCACAUCCUGCAACACAACGGCGGUGCCGAGCCGCCGGCAAUGAACAACGCUAAGAACAAUCACAAGGGGAAGACCAAGGAGCCACCGCCAUCAUCGCCAAUUCAUGAGCCACCCCCGCCGCCACCCGUAGCCGAGAAGCCACCUUCGCCGACGCAGCCGGCUCCCCCUGACAGCCACGUAUCACCGGUGAUGGAGGCGACGAUCGAGGAGAAGAAGCCGGAGGAGAACCCUGCCGAGCUAAAGAUGCCGCCGUUGGGUUCUUCAUUACCGGCGGCGGCGGAGCCAGUAGUGGAGCAGGUGAGGCCCGUUUCGCCGGUCGACGUGAAGCCACCGCCGGUGGAGAUCCCUUCGUGGCCGGCACCACCGCAGCCGAUGGGACACUGCGGCUGCUCGUGCUGCAAGCCGUGCUACCAGGGGUACUACGAGGGGUGCAGGUGCUGCAGCUGCGGCAGGGUGUACGGCUACGCCGUCAGCGUCGUGCCGACGCCGGCGGGGGCGGGGUGCUACGCAGGUGCAGGCGGGGGGUACAGCAGGUCGGCCUGCCAACUCUUCAGCGAGGAGGAUCCCACCAGUGCUUGCACCGUCAUGUGA